GAAAUCUAAAAGCAGAAAAUAUGUGGCUAAGAUAUUCAAUUUUCAUGUACUCAAUAACACAUGCUUUAGCUACAGAAAUACUAUAUGAUACAAAAGAUUUUUCUUCAUCUUCGAAAAAUAAUUCAAAUGAUGUUUUACAUUCCUUAUAUUUUGUUUCUAAUAAUAAAAAAAUUAAUGAACAACAGUCAAUCCGUACUACUAAAUCAUCUGAUUUUCAAUUAACUGAAUCUGUAAUCAAUGAUAUACUUAUUUCAAACCAGCAGGGACGUAAUCUUAACAAUUAUGCUGCAAUCUACGAUGAUCCCGAAGUAAAAAAUGUAUUGAAACUUAAAAACAAUACUCUUUCUCGAACAUAUAUACAAAAUAAACUGUGCUCACUUGGUUUAAUGAAUUGCAACAAUCUAAAUGAAAGUGAUCCACAAUAUCUAUCUCGUCGGGAUAUUCAUCCUCAAGACAAUGUUUAUAUACAAUCAGUCAGAACUAAACCAUUAAGCAUACCUGUACCAGUUAUUCCCGUAAAUGAUCCUGAAAAUUUCAACGAUUAUAAACCGGGCAGAAUUGGAUAUAAUACAGUAUUUUUAGGAUUAACCCCUCCAUUAACAAGUUUCAACAUUCAUAAUCUUUCGUCAUUUAUUAAACAACAACCAUUAAUAAGCAGUUCUAUUAAUCCUACUAAUGAACAAUCCUCUACCAUUUAUAACGUUAAGCCAGUAUAUGAAAUUGGAUUUGACAAAGAUUUUAAUUAUGACAAUAAAUUUAUUAAUAAAAAAGAAAUAAUAAUACAACCUGAUUCUAAUAUUCAACAACAUAUUCACCAUCAUUUUCAUCAUAAUGAUGCAAAGGAAGGCAUUGUCCCAAUUAUUGGAUCUGGGUUAAUAAAUAAUAAUGCUUUCAAUAACAAUGGCCAUGAAAAUAUUGGUAGUUUAUAUAAUUACUACGAAGAACAUAAAAAAAAAAAUAACUUAUUACCUGAUAAUAGUUUUCUUGGAGAUUCUUUAAAUAAUAAUUAUGCUGAUCGUUAUCAUUUAUAUGGAAAUCUAAAGCACGAUUCUGUUUUAAAUAAAAUAAACAUACAAAGAGGGUUAACAAAUAAUAAAAAUUUCAGUUACAAGAUAGAACCAUUAAAUAAAUUUAACAAUUAUUAUGGAAAUAAGAACUUUGAAGUAAGUAAAGAAUUUAAUGUGAAUAAUAAUUUUGGAUUCAACAAUGAAUUCGGGCAAAAAAAUGCUGCUGCAAAUGGAUUAUCAAAAACAAAUUACAAUGACUGUAUAUGUGUUCUUUAUGAACAAUGUAUUAUGCUUGGUAAAGCUGGUCGUAAAGACGACCUUUAUUUAGCGAUCGACCCGCGUAAUCUUGGUACAAAUAUUGCAGCUGAUUCAAAAGAUUUAAUUAAGAGUUAUUGUUUGGAAUUCCGUCCACCCGAUGUGGUCAGGAGACCAAGAUGGUUGGAUUAG